AUGCGUAUCAUGCAACUCUCCCUGGGCGCCCUGACGGAAGGUCGGCUGAUCACCAAGAGGAACAUCUACUAUCAGGACACCGAUUUAUUCAAAAGACAGUCCGUCGUCGACAACCUUGUUGAUGACCUUGCCUUUACUCUUGGCCUUGGAAGGGAGGAUCUCGGUAUAGUUGCUGCAAGCAACCUAUCGGACACUGGCAUCGGCGAGGGCAAAGGUUACCCAGAUUUGAACACCAAGCAGUUCGUACACCUCAUUCACACAGCCAAACCUGAGCUUUCAAUCUUCGCUCUUGUGGACUUUGACUGCUAUGGUAUUGCCAUCAUGCGCUGCUAUAGCCACGGCACACGAGGACAUGCACACGAAAAGGCAACGACUGUACCUAGCAUCCAAUGGCUCGGCGUGAAAAGCGAGCAUCUCGCUUUCCGUCAGGAUGCAAUCGCCAGCCGCGAGCUUGAUGUCAACGGCAGCCAAAGGCGGCCUGGCCCGAGCACGUUCGAGUCCUCCAGCACUCUCACCUUGCGAGAUAGAACGCGCGCUACCAACAUGGUCAAGGAGAUUGACGAGGACAGCACCGAAAAUGACCGAGAUUGCCGACGAGAACUACAGGUGAUGCUGUUUCUCGGGAUCAAGGCAGAGAUUCAAGCUGUGGACAACACAGGAGACAUGUCGAGAUGGCUCGAUGAGCACAUGGGAACUUUAUGA